AUGGAAGAGUAUGCAUUUGAUUACGUGAUUAUUGGAGGUGGUACAGCAGGAUGUGUGUUGGCCAAUCGGCUCUCAGAGGAUCCUACCAUCACAGUUCUUUUGGUCGAAGGAGGUCCCAACGAUCAAAACUUACCAGAAGUCCUUGAAUUAAAACAAUGGUUAAAACUUCUCAAUAGUCCAUUAGAUUAUGCAUACCCAACCACAGAUCAACCUCGAGGAAAUAGUCACAUUAUUCAUAGUAGAGCUAAAGUUUUAGGUGGAUGUAGCAGUCAUAAUACUCUUAUUAGUUUUUUUCCUUUCCCAGAAGAUUUAGAUGAUUGGGUAAAAUCAGGUGCAAGAGGUUGGGAAUGGAAAAAUUUCAAAAAAUAUGGUGAUAAGAUUAAAUGUCAUAUACAACCAGUUGAGAAAAAAGAUAGAAAUGAAUUAGCAUUGAGUUUUAUUGAAUCAACUAAGAAAGCAUUAAAUAUCGAACAAAUUGAAGAUUUUGCAGCUUGGAAGACCAAAGAAGGAGGUCAGAAUCCUUGGAUUGAAGGAGUUGGUUGGUUAAGCGUAGCAUAUACACCUCAAGAUGGAAAAAGAUCAAGUGCAAGUGUAGCUUAUAUACACGAAAUCAUUGAUAAACGUAAAAAUUUAACAAUUUGGUUUGAAAGUUGGGCAUCUAAACUUAUUCUCAAACCUCAACAGAAUCGAAUCUCAGGUUUGAUUGUAGAACUUAAAGAUGGUACAAAAAGAUAUGUUCAAGCUAAGAAAGAGUUUUGCUUAUGCGCUGGAGCAAUUGAUACCCCACGUUUAUUGUUGUUAUCUGGAAUUGGACCUCGUUCUCAACUUGAAGGAUUAAAGAUACCAGUAUUGCACGAAUUGAGAGGAGUAGGUGAAAAUUUGUUAGAUCAUCCUGAAACUAUUAUCAUGUGGAAGACUGGACCCCAUCCUGCUCAAACGGUGAUGAAAUCAGACGCGGCUUACUUCAAUCGACGUUCAACAGCUAAAGGAAAUCGUCCAGAUAUGAUGAGUCAUACGUAUCAAGUUCCAUUCUGUGAUAACACGGUUAGAUUAGGUUAUAGUCGUCCUGAGCAUGCAUUUUGUAUCACUCCUAACAUUCCACAACCCAAAUCAAAGGGAAGAUUGUACCUAACUUCAUCAAAUCCAAAAAUCAAACCAGCCUUGGAUUUUCGAUAUUUUACCGACCCAGAGGAUUAUGAUGCGAAAUGUUUAGUAGAAGGAAUUAAACAAGCAAGAAAAAUUGCUAAUGAAAAACCUUUGAAAGAUUGGUUGAUUGAAGAGAUCGCACCUGGUCCGAAAUUACAAACUGAUGAAGAAUUGAAUGAAUAUGCAAGAAGAGUAGCACAUACGGUCUAUCAUCCGGCAGGAACCUGCAAAAUGGGUGAUGAAAAGGACGAUGAUGCAGUUGUUGACCCAUAUCUAAAGAUCCGAGGUCUUUCAAACAUCAGAAUAGCUGAUGCUAGCAUUUUCCCAACGAUGGUCACACCAAACCCAAUGAUCACUGUCCUAAUGAUUGCAGAGAAAGCCAGUCAUUUGAUCUUAUCCGACCACCAGAGAAGAGAUUCAAAACUUUGA